AGAAGCAUUAUAUGUUUGAUUGUGGACGUAAGCGCGUACUUCUAAGAUCGACUUGCUAUCAGGAGAGAUGUCUUUAAGCGCAGCUUUUAUAUUUCUAAGUGCUGCAGUUACAGUAUUCGGUCUACCUCAACCACGACUACAAGCCAGAGAAAACUCACACAAUUUCGUCUUAGUCUCCCGAAGUGAGUGGAACGCAAGACCGCCUACAAUCGUUGUACGUCUGGAAACACCAGUAGAAUUUGUGGUCAUACAUCACACGUACCAACCGGGAGCUUGUCAUUCAACCGAACAAUGCUCUCAGGCUAUGCGAGGAAUGCAGAACUACCAUCAAGAAAGUAACGGAUGGGGAGAUAUUGGUUACAAUUUUGCAGUAGGUGGUGAUGGUAAAGCUUACGAGGGACGAGGAUGGAAUGCAGUCGGUGCACAUACGUAUGGAUUUAACAUUAAAAGUAUUGGCAUUGUGCUAAUCGGCGAUUGGAGAUUCGAAAUCCCGCCUGCAAAACAACUAGAAGUUGUACAUAAACUGAUCGCAGUUGGAGUCGAAAUGGGAAUCAUCCGCCCUGACUACAAGUUGAUUGGUCACCGACAAGCCGGGAGUACUGAAUGUCCUGGUGAAGCUUUGUUCAAUGAGAUCUCCAAGUGGGACCAUUUUCAACGUGAAGUUUAGAUAGUAAAUCGCUUAAAAUUACCUUAGAAAGCUUUAUCUAAUGAGUUACGUAAUUUUGUUAAUAAAACUGAUUAUUUAUUAAAA